ACAAAAGGUAGUGAGCAGAUGUAAUAUUUGCCCUUGAAAAUCCAAUAUAAAAUGUUAGGGUAAUUUGCCAACAUAAUUAAGUCUUCCCCCUCCAACACUCAGAGUAAUUAACUCCGGACCGCUGCCUCAUUACCAAAUAUACUGAUGUUAAAACCGCUGCCACCUCGUCCAUCCCUUAAUUACUGUACUAGACUCGGACCAGCAGAGGAUUAUACAGGUUUUCUUCGUGUUGCAAGUGCCAACCCUCGCCAGGCAGCCUUCAGCUUGGCCCUCUUGCCUGUCAUUACUGACCCCAGUCCCUCGUGGGGCUCCCUGUGUAAAGGUCAGGCAUGCCACACCCCUCACUCUUACUUAACACACACACCAAAAUACUUGAUCUUCACCACGAGGCUAUAGUGUGUGUGUGUGAGCUAAAUUUAAUGAUGUAGAGAGGUGUAAUUAGUGUAAAGGACUGGCGUCACAUAAUUACUUGAUACACUGACAGGUUAUAACUCUUACAUCCUCUUAACCCCACACCGCUUGUCGUGUGUGAGAGAGGCUGUGUAAUAUUAACCUGUUUCUUCACCCAUAAGCCAUAAGUAUUGUGGAAGAAGGUUUAAUAUUCUCAAGGAUUUAGGAAAUAUUCUCAAGGAUUCGAGGAAGAGAGCUAAUAGUUACGACUGAAACAAAUCAUUGUAAGUAACGCCAUUGGAACACAGACAAGUGCAUAACUCACUCAACGACAAGGAAAAAAGUAUUAUUGACGAGUGAGUGAGUGAAGGGGUCAAGCAAGAGGAACAUUUUGUGAAGUGAAUCAACGUGACUGCUUGAGCUGGCGGGCAACAUGGGCAACUCUGAUAACGAGGAAGCAGUGCGUGAGUGUGAACGUCGAGUGGUGACGCCCGAUGAUGCAGACGACCUGAGCCCGAUGCCAACACACAUAGCCACCAGUAAAACACGACGAGGGGCGAUCUCUGCUGAACCCCUCUCAGAAGAUGAUGCCACUUCUUAUGUUAAGAAAGAUGCAUUUCAGGUGGUUCCCAAAGACUACAAGACAAUGGCUGCUCUGCAGAAAGCUAUUGGAAAGAACGUUCUUUUUGCACACUUGGAUGAGAAUGAGCGGUCAGAUAUAUUUGAUGCAAUGUUUCCCGUCAAUGCCUUGCCUGGAGAAGUAAUUAUACAGCAAGGUGAUGAGGGAGACAACUUCUACAUCAUGGACCAAGGGGAGGUUGAGAUUUUUGUGAAUGGUGAACAUGUGACAAGCAUUAUUGAUGGGGGGAGCUUUGGUGAACUGGCUCUCAUCUAUGGUACUCCAAGGCAAGCAACAGUGAAGGCCAAGACAGAUACCAAACUCUGGGGUAUUGACAGAGAUUCAUACAGACGGAUCCUCAUGGGCUCAACAAUAAGGAAAAGGAAAAUGUAUGAGGAAUUCUUAUCUAAAGUAUCCAUUCUUGAAUCACUGGACAAGUGGGAGCGUUUGGUGGUGGCCGAUGCUCUUGAGACUGUAUCCAUUGAAUCGGGCUCUACAGUUGUACGACAGGGAGAGCCUGGAGAUGACUUUUACAUCAUUGUUGAAGGCACUGCAGUAGUUAUGCAGGCUCGUACCCCAGCUGACGAACCUGUAGAAGUUGGCAGACUCGGCACUUCAGACUAUUUUGGUGAGAUAGCUCUUUUACUGGACCGACCUCGAGCUGCCACUGUCAUAGCAGAUGGGUCCCUGAAGUGUGUCAAAUUAGAUAGGGCCAGGUUUGAGCGUGUUCUUGGUAGCUGUGCAGACAUUUUGAAGCGGAACAUUGAGCAGUACAAUUCAUUUAUUGCACUAACUGUUUAGAUAAUAAGUCAGCUGCCACAUGGCCCUUGUGUAUGCAGUCACGUAGGCUUUUUGUGUGCAACUUCUGAGGCUCACAUGUAAGCAACUAUUUACGCUCCUGUUCAGGUGCUGAAGUAUGCUAACUUGUAGGGCCUUAACACCAAUACAGGAAUUGGGUUAUGAAGGUGUGUACAGGUAUGUGGGAUUCUUAAGUACUGUAGAGUCUUUUUUCUCCUUUCUUUUUUGCACAGAAAAUUUAAACACCUACAAUUAUUGUAAGGGAUUGUACCAUCCACCACUAAUGAGGGAUGGUACCAAUAGCCUCUAGUGGGAGGAUAGUACCCCCCUACCAUAGGUGGAAAGUACUACUUACCACUGGUCAUAGAUCUAUUAUUACCCACAAGAAAAUUCCCACUUACCACUGGUGAGGAGAGUACCACACACCAGUGGAAUGAGGGAAGGUGCCACUUAUUCUUGAUUAAUAAAGGUUUUUACUUUCCACUGGUAAAACAGUACUGCCAUUUACCACUGGUAAGAGGAUACUAUCACCCACCACUGUAAAAAGAUAGUACCACCAACCACUAUCACUAAUAAGGAUAGCAACACACCAAUAGUGGGGAGUAACAGUAGCAUAAAUCCUGUUGUAGUGGUCAUGGUUCUAGGGGCCAUUUUGAUAUUUAGAAAGCCUGAUAUUUAAAGCUACAUUAUUAUUCAGAUAAUUGCAGGAUAAUGACCAGCUUACUGUAGAUGUGAAGCAAUGCAUUUAUCAGGUUAAUUUGCUUGAAACAGAUGCGAGAGCAAAACUUCAGCUGAUGUAGGAUGUCUAACAGAUUACCUUUAUCAUGUCUUGGCAUUCCAUAUGACUAAAAUUUUAAGUUUAAACAAAACAUAAGACAUUCUUAUUUUUAACUUAAAGUUAAUGUUGAAGUACAGUGAUCCUUUGGUAAUGAAGAUAAUAAUGAUAAGGAACUUUAAUUUUCCAUUUGUAUAGAUGUGUCUACUGAAUGAUGUUUUAUUAUAAAUACUUUUACUUUCAGUACAGAAGAGAAACGCUGCUCAUUUGAUAUACUGUAUAAAACUUGUUAAAAAGAAAAUGUUCAAGAAACUGUACUUUUGCACACAAAUUCAUUUACUUAAGAUGUCAUGAACUGCCAGGUACAUGAUAGGUAAUGAAUCUGAUAUAGACCCAUUUAGGUUAUGUAGUUCCAGUAAUUUUCAUAUUGUUUGGAUAACCAUAGAGAUUCAGCUUAAAAACACAACCAAAUAUAAUACUUGUCUUAAUUUAAAGAAAUAAAAGAACAUAGAAAUGAUUGUUCUUUAAGACAGCUUUUUUAGUAAAAGUGAUGAAAGACUGAUCUUAAAUCUUAAAUAGAUCCAUGAAGAUUUGCAUUAUUGUAUUUGUAUUUUGUAUAUAUAUCUGAAGCAGUUUUGAUUAUCCAAUACUGCAAGCAUGUUGAAAACUUGUACAGUUUAGAAAACUUUCUUUGGUAUUUGUAGUUCAUUGGUUGAGGUUUGAUCAUAUCUAAAGAAAACUUCACACACUGACAGAGUAAAUGGGAUUUAUUUUUAUUUUAUGUUUAGCAGUGGAGGUGUUUCACCUCAGCUCAUCCACCUGCAUUCUUAUUUAAUCCCAUGUAAGUUUGAAUUAAACUGAACCAUUAUUCUCUGUCUUAAAAGUAAAAUAACUUAUUGGAUAAUUUCAUAUAGGUAUAUGCAAAUAGUAAAUUCAGGGGUAAAGCUUAUUUAUCUGAUGAUUUAUUUAUGCUUUUUGUGUGGGGGUCAUCUGUAUAUAAAUCUUGACGGAAUUAAACUUAACAGUAGUACAGUAUGUCCCACUUUAACAAUGAUGAUCACAAUUAUUGCCACAUGUACCAUUAAUACUGAAAUAUGUUUUCAGUCAAAGAACUCGCAUGUCAUUCAGUUGUGUAAGCAUUCUAAAACUAUAAACUUGAAUUGACUGCAGGUACAACAGUUAUUGCAGAUUAAGAAUGCACAUAUUAGAUUAGAUUAUGACUUGGAUUGUCCUGUUUGUUAAUAUCACAGCUUUUUCUACUGUGGAGUUUUAUGGAGAUCUGUCUCAAUACGAAGCAAGUUUUUAGCUCUCUCUUCUCUGUUUAUCCAUUGGUGUAUUGUGACAUUUUGUGUAAUCUGCUUGAUUGCUUAAUUUAAGUAUAGAGUCAACUCUUCUAAAUAGUAAAGAACUCAUUAAUGAAUAUAUUAUGCCAAAGGCUUGUUGUAGAUAUGUUUGAGUUAUACAAUCAUUUUCUAGUACAGUAUUUAAUCCAAAGCUAUUUUUCCAUUCUCUGUUGUUUAUAUAUGAGGUAGUUCUACACUUCAGUAUGGAUCAUAAAAUCAUUUCUUUAAUUUCUAAUUUAUGCUUAUAUGAUUAAUUCUAUAAUGAGAUCGAUAUGAGUAGCAAGUACUGAGCCUGGAAGCAUGAGCUUAUAGAUAUAAACAAUAUUAUUAUUCAGACUAUAUUAUCUGUAGAAAUGAUGUUAAAAAGUAUAUAAACAAAAUUUGAACUGUUAAUAGAUUUUAUUUUACUUUUGAUAAGCAUGGUGAAUCUGCCAAAGAAAGUUUUGAUGUAUUAUAACAUAAAUUGUAAUAUAUCUUGUGGUGAUCUGAUCUUAGUUUUAAAGCACUAAAGCCCAUAUAUCAAGUUUUAUGGGAAGAAAAUCAUAUAGUUGUAUAAUUUUCUCUCCAUUUAUUUCCCUGCUGAGUCAUAUUGAAUGUCAGUGUUGCUGAACUUUAAAGUGUAAACACCUCAAAAUUUCUUACAAAGCUGGGAAUAAUCUUUGGCCAACUUUAUUAUGGGCCAAUGAGGUCAGAAUAUGUAGACUGUACCUGAACUAUAAUGGGAACAAGCAGUGUGUAACUUCACAUCUUUAGACAUUCAAAGCACAUAAAUUUUAAAACUGAUGCUCCUGCAAAUUGUUAAUCUCUAAUUAUAUAUAUAUAUAUAUAUAUAUAUAUAUAUAUAUAUAUAUAUAUAUAUAUAUAUAUAUAUAUAUAUAUAUAUAUAUAUAUAUAUAUAUAUAUAUAUAUAUAUAUAAUCACAAAGAAUGCGGUGUUUAAUAUUCAAAAUAUUCAUUAAAUUAUGUGAAAUUUGCAAAAUUGUCACAAGUAUAAUAUUGAAUCAAGUUAUAGGUAUUGCUCGGGAAUAAAGGUAAAAAAAAAAAUUAGCAGUAGUCUGUGGGAGAUGCAUUAUUGUUAGCUAUUAUAAAAUGAUCUAAUAAAUUCUGUGCUACAGCUUUUUGAAUCACUUAGAAGUAGUAUAAUAGACAAGAAUUAUUACCCUUACCUGAGUGUACCCUUCCUGCAUCCCCCUGCUGGGAAGGUGGAUGCAUAGAGUAGUGGCCGCUUGUGUCCUCAUCUUUUAGUAGGAGAGAGUGGAGGCCAAGAAUUGUUGCCAGGUGUAGGGAGUCUGUAUUUUCCUCAAGUAGUCAAUUUGAACAUAAUGAAUACUUGUCAUUGUUUUUUGUUUUUUGCCCAAUGAAUAUAGUUUCAAUAAUCAUUUGAGGUUUGCCAGAAGUAAUCUAGGCAUAUCUGAGAAUAUUUUAUUUAUACAAUAGGUGAAAUGCAUAGUUAUUUAUGUAAAAAAAACAUUUAAAUAAAGGACAGUGGUAUGUAUAGCAAGAUUAAAAUGGAAUAAAUGAAUUUUUAUGUGCUAUUCAUAAAGUCAGUUAAAAAUAUUAGUCAUAUGAAAGGCAGAUUUAAAUGUAACAUACAUGUCUGGUUUUAUAAUGUUAUUUACUGGAACUGACGUAGAGUUCUUGCCUAGAUUCAAAGCUGCCUUACAUUGAUAAUGAAUCUUUCUACUUUAUUUGUCUACCACCUGUUUUUAUAAUGUUAUAUAAUGUAAAUGUGUUUUGAUAUAUAGAAUGGAAUCAGCUGACUAGUACAGCAUGUUUUUCAAGUACAUCAAAUUGAACCGUGUUUUUUCACCCGUGUUCGAAAAUAUUUCAAGUCACUAUAAUGUUGCCUUACUUGUGCUAAUUUGUGAUUGAAAUUUUAAGUUGACUUGCAUAAACACUGGCACACUCUUCCCCGCCACUCCUCCUCAGAAGCACACCCCUACAGGCUCCCUUUCCUCCUAACUGCUCCUGGUGAGCAGUAGGGGGCUUCUGCAGCCAGUAUGUGCACAAAGUUUUUAUGGCAAGAACUACUGAACUGUUCUUUCCCUUUUGAGUGUGUGUGCAUGUAAUAGUUCCAAGCUAAACUUCAGUCAUGCAUUUAAAAUUGAGUUCAGUACUGAAAUUGGGUUCACUUUAUUGCCUACCAUCAAAACUAGUGAGGUCAAAAUAACAAAGGAUGAGGCCGUUGGAAGAUAAAUGGUUCACAUAUAGAAAAAAUCUUCACUAUGACCUAGUCCUUUAACAGUACCCUUAGUUUACAGUAUAUCUUGUGUUUAUAUGAGAAAGUAAAUAGUUUAUGUAAUUUCAAUUUUAUUUAAUCUUGUGCUUUUGUAUAAAUUAUUUAUAUUCAAGUAUAACUUCUCUUAGUACCAUUGUUAACAAAAAUGUUGUACUGUACUUUAAAGUACAAAAUAUAAGUGGGAUAUGAUGGUUUGCUCUUGUUAUGAUUAUGUCACUGUAGCAAUGGUUAACAGUCAUGAUUUUUUUUAAUAUGUGGUGUUGUGAUAGGUGCAUGAAGAUGCACCUUGGUUUCAAAAUAUGAGUAAUGACAGUAUAAAUCAUAAUUUACUUAGGCUGUAUUUUCUUAGUCGAAGUAGAGGAAUUAUAUUCAAUUUUAUCUCCCAUUAAAUUUUGUGAGCAAAUUGGGUUGUCAAUAUCAGUACAAGGUGAAGAGGAAUGUUUUUUACCUGGUACACUAACUGAAUCUACUUGUACCGUACAUUUCAUUAAAGGUUUAAUCACCUUGAUUGUCACUAAACAAAUGUUCAGUGGUAUAUCUAAAAUGCAGUAUGUAGAAAAGUCCUCAAUCAUCUUUGUAGCUAGAGGCUAGGAAAUGGCAGAUGCACGUGGAAAGAUUACAUUUACUAAUUUCCCAGAAGGUGAUUAAAUUUCACACUAGUUGUAGGAGCAAGGUGAUGGGUUCGAGGUUGUGUGACUUUUCCAGAACAUAAUUUUGAAACCUCUUUGGCUAGUAUAUCAGGGUUUAACAACAAGGAAUAAUACUGUAAUUACUAUCUAAUGGUCUGAGAGCAGUAAUAAUCUAUGUAUGUUGACAUGCAUAGUAUUGUUAAGUCAGUCAGUAAUGAUUCAUUGUUUACGUAUUGUAUAUAUAUGUUAUUACACGAAAGUUUUUUCCCAAGACAGAUUUUAAUAUUAACAAAUAUCAAUAUUUACCUAACAGUGCCAAACAGAAACCACUAACUCCUUUUAAAGCACCACAAAUUAUCACAAAAACAUUAAGAAGUAAAUAAUGAAAGUAUAUAGGUUCUUUUCUUUAAAGUAGGCUUGUGUCUUAAUUUAUGCUGCCAAAUAAAGUUUGAGGUAUGAACAA